UGCAAUAAUCCCAUUUUAGAAAGUUCGGCAGCUAGAGACUGCAGUCAGCCGGGCAUCUUUCCAGAUCCAUCCAGUUGUUCCAAGUACAUCCAAUGUGCCAACGGCAAUAAGUACAACUUCGAUUGCCAGCCAGGCCUCUACUUCAAUACAGAGAGCAGCGUCUGUGAUUGGGCU